AACAAGCAGGAAACGGAUUUCUUGUGCUGCUGAGCAAUUUUUGCUGGAAUUUGUCCUUUAAAAACUAGUGAAACUCGAUUUUCGGUCUUUUUAAGUGAUAUAUUUGUGAAAUAUAGUGUGACGAAACUGGAAAAGUUAACUUUUACCUAGCAAAACCAAUGGAAUUCGACUGGGACAACAUCAGCAUCGGCGAGCCGGGUUUGAAUACAUCUGGCAGUUACUUCUUUCGGGACAUAAAGAUGGAGAAUGAAGUUGACCGGCAGCUGGACUGUGCUGCUUCGUCCAGCUCGUCGGAGCAUAGUUCGGAGCGAAAUCCCAACGAAAAAGCCAUCAGAAAUCAGCACCAACGGCAACAGGCCAAGGUGCGGCAAGAUGCGACCUGCGAUCGUGCCUACCAGUAUGCACGGGUUUACGAGGACAAGCGGAAAGCCCUUCGAGAGAAGGAGCAAAAGCAGCUGCAGGAGAUGAAAAAAUUCCAUGCCCGACCGGCACCGAACUUCAAGCAAGGCGCCAAGAAGGAGAAUGCCGAACCUAAGUUUACGAUCCCGGUGACACCGAAGCAGAUGAAACCGGAGAGAAUGAAGAAGGCGGCCAUGCAGGUUAAGAAAUUGGAAAAUCGCACCAAAGACCCGGAACCGUCUAAGGAAUUCAAGGCACACGAUGCCAAAGUCCUGAAGGAAGAACCGUUCAAACCGGCCCUGGUUAAGACCGUGGUCAAGCAGGCACCGUUCAAUUUGAGAAUGUCUUCGCGGUUGCAGGAGCGGAAGCAAUACGACGAACAGCUGCAGCGGGCCAAAGAGGAGAAGGCCCGUCGCGGAGUGGAAGAACGACAGUUGGCCGAUGAUCGGGAACUGAAGUUGCUGCGCAAACAGAAGGAAUUCAAAGCCAAUCCCAAUCCAUUCAAGCAAAUGUAAUCUCCGUGAGAAUUUACCGCCACCCACAAAGGAACUCAUAUAUAGAACUAGAAGUAAAACUGUUUUGCUAACUGCUAGCUGUGAGCGCACGCACAAACGUCUUCGAAAGAAAGCCUGGUUGGG